AUGAGCUCUCAUGUCGUAGUUCUCGACUCGACAGCUCGAAGAGCCACAAUCAAAACAACUCCCGGAAAAUACCUUACCGACAUUCUACAAGAAGCAUGCAAGAAGCUCGGGUUGGACGCCAGUCAGUAUGGACUGAAACAUAAAAGUAAACAGCUCGAUCUGUCGCUAGCAUUUCGUCUUACUGGCCUCUCUCCCGGUGCAAAACUAGAACUUGUACAGCUCUCUCGUUCCCCAUCCGUCGUCACAGUCGCCCUUCAACUCCCGCCGUCAGAAGUCCGUGGAGCGCCAAAUGGACGGCUCAUGGACAAAUUUCCCAGCACUACCAGUAUAUGGAUGCUCCUUCGCAAAUUCGAAGCGGGAGUCGCUGGCAGUGCAUCCAUCCGCAACCUCACCGGCCGAGGGGUUCCCGUCAUCGAGGGGCAAGGAUCCGGACGUUUGUUCUACGAGACCCCAGUGGUACAGAUACUGGAUCGCGAGCUGUCCACACUACCGGACUUCCAAAAGUCACUGGCGCAGUACGGGUUCAACAGUGGAAAUGUGCUGGUGCGAUUGAGCUUCCGCCGAACAGACCGGCCACUGGAGGAAGCAAUGACGGAAAUCCACGAAUACUUCAUGCCAUCCGAGGAUGAGGCUACAGCAGAACAGACGUCGACACCAAAGUCGGGACCAGAUACCGACAAAGAGAACAAUCCGCUAACCCCUCAAACACCAGUAUCCGCCUCCGAUGAGGCCCCAGAAGAGCCUGUCACAGAACAACCCACAAAAACAUCAUCAGAACCCGCCUCGAAUCUCCCCCUUCAACAGUCUGAACCUUCGGCUGAUUUAUCUCGACCCGUGACUGUUUUUGCCCCUCCAUCAAGCAACGCGCCUCAGUCGACACAAAUUGCAUACAACGAUGCCGACUACGUACCCUCCAUUGAGCACGCCCAGAUCCAUCAACGACGACUUCAAGCAUCCAGCAGAAACACGCGGCUUCGAUCAGAUGCCGAAAUUGCAGCUGCGGCUAAAGCAGAAGAGGAACGUCGCGCAGCCAUUAAGGAAGUUGAAGUGAAGAUCCGACUCCCAGACCAAAGUCAAAUAGUCUCCAAAUUCGGACAACAAGACACGGGCAAAACCCUCUAUGGUUUUGUCCGCAGCUGUCUCGCCGCGCAAUAUACCACAGAGAAAUUUAUUCUCACAAACUUCUCCGGGCCCGCCGCUUCAAAAUCCCACCAACCCCACGUCCCUUUCCAGAGUAUCCUCCCUGAUUCAGAAAAGAGUCUUCUCAUCAAAGACCACGGCAUGACCGGCCGCGUUCUGGUUAACUUCUCUUGGCAUGCGUCUGCAUCUCCAGCGACCCAGCAAAGCCGCUCCGGUCUUCUUAGAACAGAACUUCAGACUACGGCCCAAGAACACAAGAUCGAACAGCCCCAAGAUGCUAUGGACACGUCUGAGGAUGUCGUGGUAUCUCUAAAACCAAGUGAUUCAGGCAAGCAGGAUGGCGAGAAGUCUGGGGGCCGCAAGGUCCCAAAAUGGUUGUCAAAAUUGCCAGGGAAGAAAUGA